AUGGCUUUCCCCCAGCGUCACUUUUACACCCCCGAGACAUCCUUCACUCCUCUCUUCCGCCUUCUUGAUGAUUUUGACAAUUAUUCUCGUCCGAUUAAUGCUCAGCAACAAGGCCGCCGCUCUGGUCUGAUGCACUGGCAACCAAAAUUUGACAUGCGCGAGACGAACUCUGCGUAUGAGCUCCAUGGCGAGCUGCCCGGCACGAGCAAAGAGAAUGUGAACGUUGAAUUCACCGAUCCUCAAAAUAUGCUCAUUAGCGGUAAAAUUGAGAGGACAUACACUUCUGGCACCCCACCUGCUGGAACCCUGGAGGGAAUUGCAUCGAGAGGCAAGAUCGCCGAGGGCGGCGAGGGACAGGCCAAGACAUCUUCCCGCGAAGCAACCGCCGAGGAUGCGACUGAAGAUACGGCCAAGUACUGGCUCACUGAGCGUAGUAUUGGCGAAUUCUCACGCAACUUCAGUUUCCCUACUCGUGUCAACCAAGAAAACGUAACAGCAAGUUUUAAAGACGGCAUCCUCAACAUUACUGUUCCCAAGGCUGCUAAACACGAGUCACGCCGCAUUACCGUCAACUAA